UAAUGGCUCUGUGUGUCUCACAGGGAAGGAUUGCCUCUGGGAAACAGAGGGCCUGCUGGGAAAAUGAGCACCAGUGUCGAUCAGGAGACGGACUACACUGAACUGGUUCUAUCUGUGGGAGAAAUCACCCUUGGAGAGAAGACUAGGAACUCAAUGAAAAAUUAUGGUCUGAAAAGAAGAGAGGUCAAAAAUAUCUCACAGGCUGUGUGUGCUCUGCUAAAUUCUGGAGGGGGCGUGGUCAAGGCUCACAUUAAAAAUCCAACCUACAGCUUUACCAGAGAUGGGAUAGGUCGAGACUUGGAAGAUUCUUUACUUGGAAUCCUGCCACUUACUCAUAAAUACCUAGACUUCAUGCAGAACAAAGACUGCUUUUUAAUUUUUGUGGAGCAAAGGAAGCCGAAUCACUUAGGUCAGCAAAUCGCCACCUUGAAAACCAACUUCUACAUGAGAAAUUUUUCAUCCUCACUUGAAAUGAAAGCACCUGCUGCCGUGCAGAUGCUCAAAGCCAUGAAGUAUUCUGCAGAGACUUCAGAGUCCAGACAAAGUUCGUCUGAAGACGCCAUCUGUAAUGAAUUACUAAAUGAAUGCAGUGUCUUAUUUAACAGUGCGCGGCUGUCCUUCAAGGACACAUUCUGUUUCACAAAAUCCAAAUAUGCUGAAGUUAAAUUGUCCCCUAAAGAAAAGAUUUUAGAGGUUCUUCCUAAAACUGUUUCUGCUUUCGCAAACACAGACGGGGGAUAUUUGUUCAUUGGUUUGGAUGGGAAAAAGCAGCAAGUCAUUGGUUUUGAGGCAGAGGAGGGCGAUCUUGUGCAUCUAGAGAGUGAAAUAGCAAAGUGCAUCCGACAGCUGCCUGUCACUCACUUCUGUGAGGAGAAGGGGACCGUAAAGUACUCGUGCAAAUUCAUCGAAGCGCACAAGUCCGGGGCUGUGUGUUCAUACGUCUGUGCGCUCAGAGUGGAGAGGUUCUGCUGCGCAGUGUUCGCUGCGGAGCCUGAGUCCUGGCGUGUGGAAGACAGCUGCGUGAGGAGCUUUACCACGGAGGAAUGGGUCAAGCUCCAGAUGGAGCCCACAGCAGUGGUAUCUGGAAUGGAGAUAUCCUCUCUAGGAGCCCUCUGCACAGAACCGUUCUCACAAAAUGAAAAGUGUGAGCGAUUACUCCUGACAGAGUUGGGCUCACUUCCGGAAAGAAGGCUGGUCAUCUCUAAGAGUUGGCCUCGGCAUCUGGGCUUGCAGGAGAAGCCGGAAGUCAUCUGGGAUGUUCUUCAUAUUUCCCCGGACGGUCUCCUGACCUUGCACAUCUUUGUCCAGGGAGAUGAGCAGCUGGAAGACGACAGCACAGCUCUGGAGGAAUUAGGUGCUAAGUUAAAGAGCUAUUGUAAAGAGACUGCGCUAACAUUAAGGCAGACGCUGGUAAAUCUUGGUGGUUACACUGGGAAAAUAGGUAUUGUGAUAAAGAUAACAUACUUGGGUCGUAAGGCAGUGCCCCUAUAUGAUUCAAGCUCGGAAAUACAUUACCCUACAAACUAUUAUCUGACAAGCGAUACAAUAACGGACUUAAAGAAGCUCUUGCUGAAGUUCAGUUAGAUACUCGACAUUUCAAGGCAUGGCGUAAAUCACGGUCAAGACUGGCUUGACAUGGAAAAUGGACUAUGACUCAAUGAUAUUUCACAUUAUGUAGGUGAUGAUGUUCUCCUAUUCUCUAAAAUAUGGACUAUGUGCGAUUCUAAUAUUAUACGGAAAAUGUGUCUUUGAAAAACAUCACAGGAAUAGAAUCCAAAUUCUGGGAAAGGAAAUGGCCAUUUGAGGUGGCAGUGACAUAACAUAGGUUUAAAAAUGUGUCCCUGGCCAGACGUGGUGGCACACGCCUUUAAUGCCAGCACUUGGGAGGCAGAGGCAGGCAGAUCGCUGUGAGUUCGAGGCCAGCCUGGUCUACAAAGGGAGUCUAGGACAGGCAAGGCUAUACAGAGAGACCCUGUCUCAGGAAAAAAAAUGUGUUCCUGAACUGGGCAUGUGGCCUAUGCUGUUAAUUCCAGUGCUUGAAGGGAGACAGGCCCUCCUGGUCUGUGUAAAGGGUUCUAGG